AUGGGCACGAUCGAAGCCGAACUUGGACGCAUCGAUCGGCUGGUGGGUGUCCUCAACAAGCAACAGGAUGAGGAAGCGGCUGCACUGGAGGCACCGUUGGGAUCAAAAGAGGAAAAGCAUCAGGGAGGAGAGGAGACAAGCGCCGAAAAUGUACCUGAGAUGGGCGUAGACGAGAAUGUUGAGGAUGCUGCCUUUUUAGAUGAUUUGGCGUUGGUCAAGGCUCUCAAGACGCCGGCACCGAUCUCUCUGACCCUCCCCCCUCAUCUGCCGAGCGGCACAUACACAUUAUGCAUUGAGGACAUGUCUGGCGGCCUCAUCUCGAAACUCCACUCUCUCAACCAACAGCAGCAGCACCAGCAGCAGCACCAGCAGCACCAGCAGCAGCAACCACGGACCGACCACAUCUCAUCAUCACCACGCCCAUCUGUGUCAUGCGACAGGCUGCUGACCGACCGGCUGACCCACAAAGACGCAAUGAGACAGCAAGCCCCGGCCUCACCCAGCAUUGGGGGUGACAUCACGGUGAAGAGAGAGCGGGUGCCCAUCCCACCGCCCCCUACGGAAGAGACACUAGUAGACGACAAGCAGAAGGACACAGCCGCGGCUCCUGCUGGAGUGGCUGAGCCUCCUGGGCCCCAGUAUGAGGAGAUAGAGAGCCUGACGUGGGCGGAGGGGACAUUCCAGUGCUUGAAGCCGCUGAAGGUGACGGUAAAGGUGGUGGAGGCUGAUGGUGGUUGA